AUGGCGACCAAAGCGGCUUUCAAGCGGCUCACGCGCGAGUACCAAAACAUUCAAAAGAACCCCCCGCCAUUUAUCGUGGCGCAUCCUUCUGAAACCAAUAUCCUCGAGUGGCACUAUAUCUUGACCGGACCCCCGGGGACUCCGUAUGAGAAUGGACAAUAUUGGGGCACCCUGAUGUUCCCUCCGGAAUACCCAUUUGCACCUCCUGCGAUUCGCAUGCACACCCCCAGUGGUCGAUUCCAGCCAUCCACUCGCCUCUGCCUAAGCAUUAGCGACUUUCACCCGAAAUCCUUCAACCCCGCCUGGGAGGUCUCGACGAUCCUGAUCGGACUUCUUUCAUUCAUGACAAGCGAAGAGAUGACCACCGGCAGCGUCAGCGCAUCGGAAGGCGAACGCAGAGUCCUUGCCGCCCGAUCGCGAUGGUGGAACUCGACCGGCGGAGGCUCACACGCCAACGUCACACCGGGCGUAACGAAAACAUCCAAGGGUAUCAAUAACGUGAAGGCGGGAGAUGGAGGAUUGAAGUUCCGUACGGAGUGGGCGGAGCUGGAUCAGGAGAACUGGGCCUGGAUGAAAGAACACCGCAUCGACACAACCACCGGCCAGAUUCUUCCGGAUCCCAAUGCACCUACUAGAUGUUCACCGGAGACCAGUGCUCUACGCCGACGCCCGAACGGUAGCGCAGCGGGACUCGGAGCGGUGAUGGAAGGAGGCCAUGUGGCUCGGGAAGCCGGGCAGGGAUGGGCACGACGAAACCGAGUGUGGAUCGGAUUGGCCGUACUCUUCGGGUAUGCGCUCUUAUCCCGGCUCGUGAGUGACGUGCAGGGAUAA